CACUCCGUGUCCGCUUUCAGUUCUUACUUUGUCUGUUUUCUCUCUCCUAGGGUUCUCUGAUCGUUGCGGCCGCCAAUCCGCGCUUCUCUGAAAUCUCUCCGGCGCGGGGUUGUCGAAGAAUCUCUAAACACAAGAUGGCAAUGGAAGUAACCCAGAUUCUCUUAAAUGCACAAUCGGUGGAUGGUUCAAUUAGGAAACAUGCAGAAGAAAGCCUGAAACAAUUUCAGGAACAAAAUCUUCCUGCAUUUUUGCUGUCUCUUUCCAGUGAGCUGGCAAACAAUGAGAAGCCAGUUGAUAGCCGUAAAUUAGCUGGCUUGAUUCUUAAAAAUGCCUUGGAUGCAAAGGAGCAGCAUAGAAAAAAUGAACUUGUUCAAAGAUGGUUAGCUUUGGAUAUAGGUGUAAAGGCCCAGAUCAAAGCAUACUUGUUGCAGACCCUUUCUUCUCCUGUUCCUGAUGCUAGGUCCACUGCAUCCCAAGUUAUUGCUAAAAUUGCAGGUAUUGAAUUGCCUCAGAAGCAGUGGCCUGAACUCAUUGGCUCUUUACUUUCCAACAUACACCAGCUCCAGCCUCAUGUCAAGCAAGCAACACUUGAAACCCUUGGUUAUUUUUGUGAGGAAGUUUCUCCACAGGUUGUUGACCAAGACCAAGUGAAUAAAAUACUUACUGCAGUGGUUCAAGGCAUGAAUGCUUCUGAAGGGAGCACUGAUGUCAGGCUGGCUGCUACACGAGCAUUGUACAAUGCAUUGGGAUUUGCUCAGGCUAAUUUCUCGAAUGACAUGGAGAGGGACUAUAUCAUGAGAGUUGUUUGUGAAGCAACUCUGUCACCUGUGGUGAAGAUACGUCAGGCAGCAUUUGAGUGUUUGGUCGCUAUUUCAUCCACCUAUUAUGAGAAGCUUGCAUCAUACAUGCAGGAUAUAUUUAACAUCACAGCAAAAGCUGUGAGAGAAGAUGAAGAGCCUGUUGCUCUUCAGGCUAUAGAGUUUUGGAGCUCAAUCUGUGAUGAGGAAAUUGACAUCUUAGAUGAGUAUGGAGGUGAUUUUACUGCAGAUUCUGACAUCCCUUGCUUUUAUUUUAUUAAGCAGGCUCUGCCUGCUUUAGUUCCGAUGCUAUUGGAGACGCUACUUAAGCAGGAGGAAGAUCAAGAUCAGGAUGAAGGGGCUUGGAAUCUUGCAAUGGCUGGGGGAACAUGCUUGGGUUUAGUUGCAAGGACUGUUGGAGAUGAUGUAGUUCCUCUUGUAAUGCCCUUUAUUGAAGAAAACAUAACAAAACCAGAUUGGAGGCAAAGGGAGGCGGCAACAUAUGCAUUUGGUUCUAUCUUGGAGGGCCCAUCACCAGAUAAGCUCACUCGCAUUGUCAAUGUUGCCCUGAAUUUUAUGCUGAGUGCAUUGAUGAAAGAUCCAAAUAAUCAUGUCAAAGAUACUACUGCAUGGACUCUUGGAAGGAUAUUUGAGUUUCUUCAUGGCUCAACUAUGGAAACACCUAUAAUAACAAAGGAAAAUUGUCAGCAGAUACUCACAGUACUGCUUCAGAGCAUGAAAGAUGUCCCUAAUGUUGCUGAAAAGGCAUGUGGUGCUCUCUAUUUCCUUGCUCAAGGUUUUGAGGAUGUUGGUUCAGCAUCACCAUUGUCUCCUUACUGCCAGGAGAUUAUCCAGGCUCUCCUCGCUGUUACCCACAGAGAAGAUGCUGGAGAAUCUCGCCUGCGAACUGCAGCUUAUGAGACUCUGAAUGAAGUUGUGAGGUGUUCAACAGAUGAGACAGCUCCGAUAGUGAUGCAGUUGGUGCCGGUUAUCAUGAUGGAGCUCCACCAAACUCUUGAGGCACAGAAGCUGUCAUCUGAUGAGAGAGAGAAACAAAGUGAGCUGCAGGGCCUUCUUUGUGGGUGCUUACAGGUCAUUAUCCAGAAGCUGGGGGCAUCAGAGACAACAAAGUAUGCCUUCUUGCAGUAUGCAGACCAGAUAAUGGAUCUCUUUUUGAGGGUUUUUGCUUGCCGAAAUGCAACAGUUCAUGAAGAGGCUAUGCUUGCUAUUGGUGCUUUGGCAUAUGCCACAGGUGCAAAUUUUGUCAAGUACAUGCAAGGAUUUUAUCCUUAUCUGGAAAUGGGUCUCCAAAACUUUGAGGAGUAUCAAGUCUGUGCCAUUACUGUUGGUGUUGUUGGAGAUUUAUGCAGAGCAUUGGAGGACAAGAUUCUGCCUUUUUGUGAUGGAAUCAUGACCCAACUCCUCAAGGAUCUGUCCAGCAAUCAGCUGCACAGAUCUGUGAAACCCCCAAUCUUUUCAUGCUUUGGCGAUAUUGCUUUGGCAAUAGGGGAGAACUUUGAGAAGUAUUUGAUCUAUGCUAUGCCCAUGCUACAGAGUGCAGCUGAGUUAUCUGCACAUGCAGCAGCUGCGGAUGAUGAAAUGCUUGAGUACACCAAUCAGCUCAGGAAUGGAAUUUUGGAAGCAUACUCUGGCAUAUUACAAGGUUUUAAGAACUCUCCAAAGACCCAGCUGCUGUUGCCUUAUGCUCCUCAUGUCCUUCAGUUCCUGGAUACUUUGUACAACGAGAAGGACAUGGAUGAUACAGUGAUGAAGACUGCAAUAGGUGUUCUGGGAGAUCUUGCUGAUACUUUAGGCAGUCAUGCUGGCCCUUUGAUAAAUCGGUCCGUUUCAAGCAAAGACUUCUUGGAAGAAUGCUUGUCAUCUGAUGAUCAUUUGAUUAAAGAAUCUGCUGAUUGGGCUAAGUUAGCCAUCAGUAGGGCGAUUGCUGGUUGAUGAUAAUCCGGUGUCUUAGAGGUCUGCAUAUGCAUUCGCGUCGUGUCAAGUCUGGUCUGGGAUUGCAUGUGUUGGUCAUCACCAGUUUCGCACUAAAGGUUUUUUUUUUUUCUUUUUUCUUUUUUGGGCGGAGUCAUGAGUCUUUGCUAAUUCAUUCAUCUGCUAUUGGAGUCGGGUUCCCCUUUUUCAUUUGCACCAAGAAGUAGGAUAAUUAUCCCUUCUGGAAAAAAGCUGGAGGGAGCUCUGUUUUUGUUGGCUGCACAGCCUGAGGUCUCAUUUUCAUGGCCUGCCUGUGACCUUUGUGUCAUUCUCAACGUCAGUUAAGCCUCUUGCACAUUUUAUUCGUGACCUUCCGCCAAAGCUAUCCUUUUCCAGCAGGCAAGCAAUAUUAGGUUGGCCAUUGCAGGUGAAUAGCACCCAGUGCGACACAAAAUUUUACUGUCCUCGCAAGAGCAAUUUCUUAGUUUCACCAUGCUCUCCACUGUGGUCAAGUUGGCAAUGUAUAUUUCCCUCCCUGGACUCCGCCCUUUUUUUUCUUUUUUCUUUUUUUUUAAUCUUCUUUUUUGGGAUUUUGUCUUGGUCUUGCAUUGUUUAAAAGUUGGCGAGUCUGCAUUUCAUGAUCCCCUGCCUUUGUAUACGUUGAAGAGUUACAGUAUGUGGUUUUCGUCUUAUGCAUUACCCAUAUGGAAUCGGGCUCUAUAUUUGGCAUUAGUCAUUCUAUCAUUUUUACAGGUAUCUUGAGCAUUCAUUUGUAAUGCCACUGCAUUUAUCUAGAUAUCCUUUGAAGGCCGCCCUAUUUUUGUUCUUUUUCGAAUGGGCCUUUUUUCCUGAGAUCAUACUUAUCCGUGUAAAUCAUCAUGAGAGAUAUUUUGCCGGUAUGUGUGCAUCUGUUGUAGCUUGUUAUUGUCAGGUGGAAUUGGGCUUGUGCAUUUUUUUCCCCAGCCCUAGUACUGUAUCCCAUUUGGCAGAUGAUAUGAAUUUUUUAUAUGGUUUUAUGAGUAAUUAAA